GGGGAAGAGGAAAUGAUCAGUUCAUGUCCAGGUUGCCAGCUUUCUCAUGUCAUUUUUACUGUGAAUCAGUUAAACUUUCUCCUUGUUUCUUUAUUUCCUAGAACUGUUGAAAAUGCAUCCGAAUUUUUGCAUCUAGUCAACAAAGGCCUGCAGCUAAGAGUCAGAAACCCAACGCUGGUGCACGCUCAUUCCUCUCGUUCUCAUCUGGUAGUUACACUGACCAUAACCACAAUUGUCUCUGGAGAUAACUUCGGUAUUUCAUGGGAAGAUGAACUAACCAGUCAGAAGCUAAAUAAAGAGGUUUCCUGCACUGUUCCACAGAAAAUAAGAGAAAAUAAAUCCACCUUUUCCUCCAGAGCCUCUUCACCAGCCUCUUCAGAAACAACUGAAAAACUGAAGCAAAUCAAAACUAGACUGCAGCUGGUGGACCUGGCUGGUAGUGAGUGUGUGGGUAUGUCUGGAGUGACAGGCGCAGCCCUGAGAGAGACGUCGUUCAUUAACCGCAGCCUGUCUGCCCUGGCCGAUGUCCUUGCAGCCAUAGCGGAGCAGCGACCCCACGUCCCGUACCGCAACAGCAAACUGACCCAUCUGCUCCAGGAUGCUGUAGGAGGUGAUGCUAAAUUGCUGGUGAUGCUGUGUAUCUCUCCUGACCAGAAGUACUUAGCAGAAUCCAUGCAGUCUUUGGGAUUUGGAACUCGUGCUCGACAAGUUCAGAGAGGACAAGUCAGGAAAAAAAAUCUCCCAGUGCCGAGUAAAGCAAAAUAAAACCUAACACUCCUGUGGAUUAAAGUAUUAUUAAUGAGUUCCUCAGACUGAAAUGUACACUGUUGUCUUAAAGGCAUUCUUCUAGAUGUCAACUGCCAGAUAAAAUAAACAUUCCUCAAUAUGGCGUUAGCAAGCCAUAAACCUGCUGAUAAUGUUCUCGCUCCAAGCAUAAUAAGUAUUGACAAUAGCUACCAACAAUGAUGGAAUGGCAUAGA